AAAAAUAUGUUUUAAGAUGACACCAAGAUACAGGCUAAGUUCGAAUUUGGAGUCCGCAGGUCAAAGCUCAUGAAAUAUGUGAGUUGGUUUCCGCAUGAUAUGUGGAAAUAGUAAUUACUAUGUAAACAUAUAUCAAUAGGCCUACCCCCAGAACAUCCAUCAUUACAAUAUUCAGGAGUGAAGAUUGCCAGAAUGAUUAUGGCAAAUGGCAGUGAUGAAGUAGUUUACAAAUGAAUCUUCCUCACUUUAGCUGCUGCAAAUUGAUAGAUGAUGAGAUCAAAAUUGACUCUUUCAGUUUCUUCUCUCUCAACACCUAACAUAGUGACAUAGUCUUUCUGAGCCCAUGGAGGCUCUUAAGUAUGAGAGGAUGAGAUUCAACUUGCUGAAUGAUCGCCCACAGCUAGCAAUAGAUAAAGCGAUUGUCAGCAUUAUCUGAAUAGCAAUGUGAAGGUCUGGUUAUAUUGCUGUAGUUGUGCUUGUUUUGAGGCGUAAUCAUAUGAAAUAUACAUGAAUGGAAAAUUCAGAUUUACGACCACAGAGUACAUUAAUGCGUUACACUUACAUGGAUUGUCUUCAUUAGAUGUGAAAUUCUAUAGUCUGGCAGUCUCAGUUCUACCUAUUUAUUUAUUGUUGAUAGUCGUUGAUUUGUUGCGCACACACUUAAUUGUGCAAUUAAUGAUGUUGGGAGCCCUCUUGAGAAUUAAUUUAAGGCAAGCAUGAGAUUCAGUUUGAACUUUUCAAUUUAGUUCUGCAAAAUCUGUUACUAUGCCCACUUGCAGGACUUUAUUUUUAAGAAGAACGUUUUUAUUCAUUGUAUGCUGCUGCAAACUUUCAUGCUUGCCUUGAGGGGGCUUGCGACAUAGAUAAUUGGGCCAUAGAUAUGAAAUAUCGGAAAAGACGAUAAGUAUCUUAAGCAAGCUAACAUAAAUCACUUCACAUCAUUGAAUGGUACAGUUCUGAAGAUAAAAGAUCACUUUACUUAAAAUGAAAAGUAGAUCUAUCCAAACUUAGUUGAAAAAAUGUAAAACAUCUAUUGUACAUGCUAAACUUGAACAAUCUAAUCACCUUGGUCGCCAUACUGCAACAAGGUUUUUCUUGUUACACUGAUUAAGACACUUCUCUUUCGGAAGUAUUGCUCUUCCCUUUUCAUACAUGUUUUUAAGGUGCUUUGGCCCUAAGAUGGCAAUGAGACACAAAGCGAUUAUUGAUUUCAUAUUAUGUUGCAGAUUCUUUUGGAGAAGCACUCUUCAAGUUCUCCCUCAUGAGCUUGUCCUGUAUGCCAGGUGUCAAACAGAGGAACUUUGAUAUUUGGAUUUGCUUACCCUCUCAGUUGGUAAUUAUCUCUGAUUAGAUCCAUGAAGACAAGGAUCAACUGGCAUAAUUUACUAGUUGCUUCAUUUCUUAUCCUUCCUGAGUCCAGGGGUGGUAUUCUGAAAAAGUUCUUAUCUUUGUUCUUAUCUCAAUGAGAUAAGAAGACGCUAAAAUCAUUGCAAAUCGGUAUUCUGAAAAUCUUCUUAACGCGUUCUUAUCUCUGUAAGGACUGCCUCCUUAACUCCAAAACGCCCAUUUUUAGGAUAUUACCAAUAAAAAUGCGCUUUAUAUUGGCAGUUUAACCAAUAAAAGCGCUUCUUAUAUCAAGAGAAUAUAUGCGCACUGUGCGUAUAUUAAUUACUUAGCGUAAUUAUAUAAUUGCGCGAGAUAUAUACAUUAAUAUAAUACUACCAAGAUCAUUCUUAUUUACAUGUGCUCAAAAGUAAAUUCAUCAUAUCACACGACAUCGAUAUCUUCUAUCAAUCAUGGACAAGCACAGAAAUAAAAACUUCAGCAUCGAAGAAGCCAUGGUUUUGAUUUCAGAGGUGGUGGCCAGGAAGGAGAUCAUAGUUGGGGCCAUUUCAUCAACCAUCACCAACGCAAUGAAAAGUAGGGCUUGGGAUUGCAUAAGUGGGAAAGUGAGCAAAGUGGAAGGGAGGCGGAGGUUAGCGGACCAAGUCAGAAAAAAGUUCGCCGUUGAAAAGAGUAAAGUUAAGAAGAAGGCAGCGGAAAUCAAGCGGUCAGCAAGAGCUACAGGAGGUGGACCUGCUCUCCCUCUAACUGAGUGGGAGGAGGUCCUCAGGGAUUUUAUUGGAGAGGAGGGAAUCUCUGGAUGUGCGAGCGACGCCCUUGAGACUCCCGUCAACUCAACCAACUCAACGACAACUAUUACACCGGCUGUCGAGAUUGAAUCAGAGAAGGAUGCACUUCUCACCUUGGCAUCAAUGGCAAAUGGAUGCCAAAAGAUCGCCGUAGAUGUUUCUGACGGUAAGCGCAAAUAAUUGAUCAUGUAAGAUGAAUUUAUAUGUUCUCCUUUUAUGGUCUACAUUAUGAUUAUUGACAUCCCAUUUUAUGUAAAGACAAUAUUGGUUUUAAUGAUUAUUAUACUGUAUAAGCCCUAUAUUGUAUUAUUGAACUUAAAUUCAAAUGAUAAGGAUGAAAAAUCAACCAUAAUAGGUCGAAUUCAUCAGCAGUAUUAAAGUGAAAACAUGUAGAAAAUACAUUUCUUUCUUCUUUUGAUGUAUAAAGUAAGUUUUGACCUCCAGAGCAGAACAAAUUGAAUUAUGUUAAAUUCAUUGUAAUGGUAGUAUUUUUUAAGAACACAGGAACAUUACACCCGGAUACACUGUAUUAGAUACAUUGAAUUGAUUAUUUUAUUGAUUAUUCUCUCAAAGACCAAAUAAUAAAGUUAAAUAGUUAUAUUCGUAAUAUUUUCAAUAACUAUCCAAGUAUCUGACACAAAGGUAUUUUUUCCAACUUUUAAUAGAUGUAACUCAACUUGACACCACAGUCUCGGCGCAAGAGAAGGCGAAGCAGUGAUGAAUUUGCUGACGUCUGGGACCGGUGGUUAAAGUUAGAGGAAGAGCGGAUAACCAUUGAGAAGGAGAGACUUGAGGUUGAGAAGGAACGUCUGCGGCUCGAACAGCGGAGAUUCGAUCGCGAAGACGAGAUAAU